UUAUUAUUUUGUUAACGACACAGAAAAAGAGACGUUAUUUUAGAAAUAACUCGUCAAACGAAGAAGCGAGCAAAUACAGCACGACAAAUCGUUUCCAAAGAAUCUGAAAGAAUUCCAGUUAAGCCGUACGUUCUCUCCGUUUUUCUCUUCAUCGUCUCGAUUCCGAAGCCCCCAAUCCCAUGCCAAUACUCCUUCUUCUUCCUUCUUCUUGUUCUUCUUCAACUUCGUUUCCUUCGUUUCCCUCAGCCAUUCACAAAUUAUCCAAACGCAGCUUCCAACCACAAUCUCUGCCUUCUCUUAUCCCUACCACCUCUCGCCUGCGUCGCCGCUCAUUUUCCUCCCUUCGGUGCGCCACGCGCCGGGAAGAUGUAGACGUCGAUGCCUUCACGGAGAAAUCCGGCUACCUCUUCGAGCUCAGCUCCUCCGACGCCGACUCUUUGGCCGACUACGACGCCUCCAAAAUCGCCGCCAUUUACAGGCGGAAGCCUUUCCUUGUUGUUCGCCGGCUGUUCCAAACUGGAACUACUUUCGGGAAAUGGUUCGCGCUUCGCUACGUUGAUAGACUCAUGGAACGCUCCGACCAGAUGUUCCAGGUUAGAGCUGCAGAACUUCGGAAAAUAUUGGUGGAACUAGGCCCGGCAUAUAUCAAAAUUGCUCAGGCAAUCUCAUCUCGAGCUGAUUUGAUACCACCGUCGUAUUUGGAUGAACUUUCACUAUUGCAAGAUCGAAUAUCUCCAUUUUCCAAUGAAAUUGCUUUCAAUACAAUAGAAGUAGAACUUGGCUUAGCAAUAGAUGAGCUUUUCUCAGAGAUUUCUCCUCAGCCUAUUGCUGCAGCAUCCCUGGGGCAGGUUUAUCAAGCUAGGCUUCGCCGCAGUGGAAAGGUUGUUGCCGUCAAAGUGCAAAGGCCAGGAGUACGAGCUGCUAUAUCACUAGACAUAUUAAUUUUGCGUUUUCUAGCAGGAGUAGCUAAGAAAGCAGGAAAAUUGAACACUGAUCUUCAGGCAGUUGUUGAUGAAUGGGCAUCAAGUCUUUUUCGGGAGAUGGAUUACAGGAGAGAAGCAAAAAAUGGUCUAAAGUUUAGACAGCUAUAUGGCAAUCUACCUGAUGUUGUGGUGCCUGAAAUGCAUAUGGAGUACACGACUCGUCAAGUCCUUAUUAUGGAUUGGGUAGAGGGAAAAAAGCUGUCAGAAAUGAAGGAUCUUUACUUGGUUGAGGUAGGGGUUUACUGCUCCUUCAACCAACUUCUGGAAUAUGGGUUCUACCAUGCAGAUCCACACCCUGGAAACCUUCUUCGUACAAAUGAUGGGAAACUUGCUUAUCUAGAUUUUGGUAUGAUGGGUGAAUUUAAACAAGAAUUCCGUGAUGGGUUCAUUGAAGCUUGUCUCCAUCUUGUAAAUCGUGAUUUCGAUGCAUUGUCUAAGGACUUUGUCACACUUGGGCUUCUUCCACCAACUGCGGAUAAAGAAGCUGUAACAAAGGCUUUGACAGGUGUCUUCCAAAAUGCUGUUGCCAAAGGAGUUCGCAAUAUUAGUUUUGGAGACCUUUUAGGCGAUUUAGGAAUCACCAUGUAUAAGUUCAAGUUUAGAAUACCUUCAUAUUUUUCUCUUGUCAUUCGAAGUCUUGCUGUAUUGGAGGGAAUUGCAGUCAGUCUUAAUCCAGAUUAUAAAGUUUUGGGUAGUACAUAUCCAUGGAUUGCUAGAAAAGUACUAACUGAUAGCUCGCCCAAGCUGAAAUCGUCAUUGCAAUCGCUUCUUUAUAAGGAAGGUGUUUUCAGAAUUGAUCGUCUUGAAUCUCUUCUACAAGAGUCACUUCGCGCCAGAACUGAGAGGGCCUUGGUUAGUAAGCAAGAUGGAGAUGCUAAUUCCAGGGUGGUUAUGAAGCAAAUGCUCUCCUUUAUGUUAACUGACAAGGGUGCAUUUGUGAGGGAUAUACUUCUUCAAGAGUUUGCUAAGGGAUUGGAUGCGUUUGGGCUGGCGACCUUGGAUUCUGUAUCGUCUAUGGCUUUUGCAGGCUUACCCUUCCUUGGUACAUUGUCGUUCACAACAAUGACUGAUGAAGACAAAAACAACUUGAGGACCUUGUAUCGCCUUAUUCUUUUGUUCUCGAAGCUUCAAAGCAGUGAAAACUCCAGCAGGGGAGGUAGGGAGGUUAUUCCGCAGAUCAAUCAGACAACAAACAUAGAGGAAGUAUCAUUGGUAUUUAAUCGACUAGCCUCUGUUGAAGAAAUUCUACCUAUACUUUCUGUAAUUCCUGAGCUCCCACCAGAAUCACAACAGCAGUUACUUACUCUGCCAGCUGAUUUGUCCGGACGGUUAAUUUCCCGUGUUGCUGCAAGAACUAUUCGAAGAAUCAUUUUGUGAGGGAUAAAUGUAAUUUAGAAGCCAGUAAAUGCAGCUACUUUUUGGAUCUCCCUGCCUGUUCCCAAUUUACACAAUAUCUCAGGACACAAAUAGGUUCCAUCUUUCAUUUUUAACAUUGAGAAAGGAUUUUUCUUCUAUAAAAUGCAUUUUUAUUUUCUGGUCCUCA